AUGAUGGUCUCGGUCGGAAUAACUCCGAGCGGGGAAUUUCUCUGCAUGUUUGGUAUCCGACCCGUCUCCGAUCCAGGCGAAGUUACCGUGAACAGCGCAGACCCUCUGGAACAGACUAGUAUCAACCUGAGCUUCUUCACUGAUAAUCUUGACAUCACCUCCAUGCGCAAAGGUAUCAGAUUCAGUAACGACGUUCUCACAAAGGCCGAGGGAUUCAAAGAUGUCGUGCUGGCGGAGUAUGGAUGGAAGAUGCCAUUAAAUAAUGAUGAGGAGAUGAACUGA